AUGAUACUUUCUCUUCCACCAACAACCGUGGCUGGUAGCAACAUAUGGGCUGAUUGGGGCACAUGGUCGGAGUGCUCGAAACCGUGUGGUGGUUGUGGUAUACAGUCGAGAAUUCGAAUAUGCAAAACUGCUGAAUGCAUAGGAAAAAAUCAAGAAUUUCAAUCGUGUAAUCUUCACGUUUGUAAAGUUGAUCCAAAGUGUGCGAAACUCAAACAACGUCUGCGACAAUGCGCCGACAAACCUGGUUGCAAAGGAAUCGAUGAAAACAUUCGGAAAGAUUUCAGUGUGUUGGAUAAAGAAGCCGCAGAAUGCACUCAACCAAGCUGCUGCCCACCGUUCUAUGAGGUCAAAGGAAAAUGUCAAAGCGAUGAACCUGUAUUGGGUCGGCGAUGA